AUGGCGACCACCGAAGAUCACCGAGCACCCGAAGCGCGAGAGACGGCCCCUACAGUCACAGAAGUACCAGAAGCACCGGAACCGACAGCCUCGAAAGCUAUCCACUCCCUCGUCCUGGACGCCGGACCACUGAUCAAGAACGACCCUCCCGUGAGCACCCUGCUCGCGCAGGCAGUGGAGCUCUACACCCUACCGUCCGUCAUAUCAGAAAUCCGCGAUGCCGCUACGAGAACGCGCGUCGAGACUACACUCCUGCCAUUCCUGAAGCAGCGCAGUCCGAAGCCGGAGAGCGUCAAGUUCGCAACCGACUUCGCACGGCGGACGGGCGACCUCGAGGUGCUGAGCAGACCUGAUCUGCACCUGAUAGCGUUGACGUACGAGCUGGAGUGCGAGAGGAAUGGUGGCGAUUGGCGGUUGCGCAAGACGCCUGGGCAGAAGGGUCUGAACGGGAAGUCGCCUGCCGCGCAGGAGAAAGAGCCGGCUAGUCAAGAUGAUGCCACUACGACGACGACGGAGAACGUACAUUCGGUCGAGGAUGCCAAGUCAGUAGCUGCCCCAUCAAGCGCUGAAGAUGAACCCGACAAGGCUACGGAAGAUGGUCUGUCGGAAACACCAGUCUCAGCGUCGGCAGAAGAGCCGGCAGAGAAACCAUGGGAACAAGUAGGACCUACAAUUGCGCAAGAAACGGUCUCGCAGACACUCGAUUCUCUCAGCCUAGAACCGUCUGCACUACCAAUAGCAGAUUUCACACCAGAUGACUUGGCGACAGCCGAGACGAAAGCGCACGUGGUGGAAGAAGACGAUGACGAGGGAUGGAUCACGCCAGCGAACCUCAAGCAACAUCAAGCGAGAGACCAACUCUCCGCUCCCGACCAGCCGAUCCAGCGAUUUCUCCAGGUCGCCCUGCUGACGUCCGAUUACGCCAUGCAGAACGUACUCCUCCGCAUGAACUUGAACCUCGUCUCGCCGAACAUGGCUCGAAUAACUCGGGUCAAGACGUGGGUACUGCGGUGUCAUGGCUGCUUCCAGAUUACGCGGGACAUGAGCAAGCAGUUCUGCCCCAAAUGCGGACAGCCAACACUGACGCGCGUGAGCUGCUCUACGGACCAGAACGGAAACUUUGCGAUACAUCUCAAGAAGAACUUCCAGUGGAACAAUCGGGGAAACGUCUACAGUGUCCCCAAGCCGGUGCACGGGACGUCGAACGGGAAGAUGAGAGGUCCUGGAGGUGGCCAGAAUGGAUGGGGCAGGGAUUUGAUAUUUGCCGAGGAUCAGAAGGAGUACGUGAAGAAGUCGACUGACGACAAGAGGAUGAAGACAAGGGAUCUGAUGGAUGAGGAUUAUCUGCCGAGCAUCUUGACUGGAAAUCGGCAAUCUGGUCCUGGGAGGAUACGUGUGGGCGCGGGAAGAAAUGUCAAUUCGAGAAAGAAGCACUGA